CCUGGCCGGGUCCUUCCCGCCAGCACGAUCCAGCUGUCCUCGCACCCGGAGGGGCCCCCCAAAGUUCCCUCGCAGCCAGGAAGAAGAAAUUCCAUCACCUGUGCUGCCUCCUUGACGACUGAGGAGGGACCUCCUUGACCUUGAAGGACGGAGACUGCCCUGAGGUUUGCCAUGUCCACAGGGAAAGGGCGGGGCUGGGCCUGCUCGGCCGCACUCCUGUGCUUCCUGGCUGCCAGGCUGAGCAGUGCGCAGCAGUGCCUCUCCGAGAGCCUGGCAGACGUGGUCAUCGACAUCCAGUCAUCGCUCUCUAAGGGAAUCCGGGGCAGUGAGCCCGUGCAUGUGCCAACUCAACAAGACUGCAUCAGGUCCUGCUGUUCAACACAAAACAUCUCAGGAGACAAAGCGUGUAACCUGAUGAUCUUUGACACUAGAAAAACCGCCGGGCAGCCCAACUGCUACCUGUUUUUCUGUCCCACUGCGGAAGCCUGUCCACUGAAACCAGCCCAGGGACUUAGGAGCUUCAGGGUAAUCCGAGAUUCUCCCACUCCGGUUAAACCUGAAGUGCCAAGACCAGAGGCGGCGGGAGAGGACGCUCUCAUUCACGGCCACUGGCCACAGACGGCUGCCCCUACACUCCUCUCUCCAACCCUGGAUCAUUCCAGGUCCGGGGAUCUCUCAAGGAGCCCAGGCAGCUUGGAAAAACUCAAGAUGGCGCAAGAGGAACCGGCCGACCAAGAAAAUGGCCAAACUCAGAAUUCCACAUUUUCCUCACAACAACAAACGGCUAUGCUCCCGCUAGAGAAGAUGGCUCUGCUCACAGCCACCCCAGCAGCGGCUUCUCCUAGCGCCACCACGGCGACUGCGGAGCCCGCGGCUGUCCUGUCCACAGUGGUCCCUUCGGUGGCGCUGCGGGGAACCCCUGGCACGUCUCUGCCUCACACCACCCCCAUUUCCACAGGCUCACCCCGCACUCCGGCCUGGAUCACGCUUCCCACCGCCAUCUUCCAGGCCUCCACAAGGUCAGGAGAAGUCUUCAAAACAAGGUCACAAGGCGUCCUCAGCACACGGUCACAAGAUGCCAUCAGCACAGCGCCCGCUGGGGAAGUGGCCGCCGCCCGCACGGUGGCGCCCCUGGACCCUGUGCAGAACGCCGCCCCUCUGGCGCCAUCACUCAGCGCCACCGCUGAGGUCUCCAUGGUAUCCUUGGAAGGCAGAGGUGAUGGUGACGGUCCCAGGGCCGGCAGCCUCUCACGUCCACCGCCCAGUGGGCUCCCGGAAGGCCGAGGCCGCCUUCCCUUUGAAAAAUGGCUUCUGCUGGGGACCCUGCUGCUGGGGGUUCUCUUCCUGGUGAUAGGCCUGGCGCUCUUGGGCAGGAUUGUUGCCGAUUCUCUCCGGCGGAAACGCUACUCGAGACUUGAUUAUCUCAUCAACGGCAUCUAUGUGGACCUCUGAGG